UCCGCGCGCGCUCCCGUCGAACGCCGCCGCGCUCGAAAAUGUUGUUGCGAUUGUUCCGUUUUUCUUUGUGAGUGAUCUUUGACCUCCGCCAAUUAGGUAACGAUGUAUCAAUUGCAAAAGGCGUUCGAGAACUCGUUGCGGUGCGGCUACGAGUGUUCGCCGAGAAGUUUGCGAAACCAGCACAGAUCGUGCAAGGGCGCAGCGCACGCUUGCGGCAAUUACCCAGGCGACGGCGGCGACGGUAAAACUAAGCAGUCGAAAAAGGACGUCGAAAUAAUCGAGCGCCUGCACUCGACGACGACCAAGGCGACGUGCGCCAAAACGCAUCAGCCCUCCGAAAAACGGGAAAGGAGGCGACUUCGACUGCGCCAGGUGCUCGACGAGAAAAUCGUACUAAACGGCGGCGGCGUCGAGCGACCGCCGUGGAACUCGAACAGGUCGUCCUUCCGACGGCGAAGACGCCACCUCGACGCCGCCAAAUCGAUCACUUUGCGCGAGGUCGUCUCUCUCGCCGAGAGGAGGAAGGCGAAUUUCUCGAUCGAGAAAGGUGCCCUGAAGGACUGGGACGAACUGCUCGCUAAUGCGAAGGCGAAAUCCGAGGAGCAGGUGACGAGCGAGAAGCAAUGGCUCGACGCCGAGAGGAUCUGGCUGGUGCAUCGCGGCGGUUUCGCGGCGGCAAGGAAGGACGCCGGCUCCAAUUUGGAGACGGGAAAGUUACGAAUACGCUUAGACGAAAUGGGUGACAUUUUGGACGUGGACGAGGACGACGUGGAAAAGGCUAAUCCGCCACAGUUCGAUCGGGCCGAGGAUCUCUCCACCCUGAGGCACCUAAACGAAUCUAGUCUACUUCACACGAUACGACAGCGAUACGCGACGAACCUAAUUCACACGUACGCAGGCAACGGAAUUCUGCUGGUGGUUAAUCCGAUGGCGCCUCUCGCGAUUUAUUCAGAGAAGGUGAUAGCGCUUUUUAAAGGCUGUAAAAGCGAAGACAUGCCACCCCACAUCUACUCAAUGGCCCAGUCCGCCUACCACAACAUGCUCUCGGCGCGAAGAGAUCAAUCGAUAGCAUUCCUGGGCAGGUCCGGAUCGGGAAAGACGACGAACUUCAGGCACUCGAUCCAGUACCUCGUGACGGCCGCCGGAACGAUUAACAAAAUACUGACGGUCGAAAAAUUGUCGGCGAUCUGGACGAUUUUGGAAAGUUUCGGCAAUUGCAGGACGGCGAUGAACGCGAACGCGACGCGUUUCACUCAGAUUUUUAGCUUGGAUUUCGACCAGAGCGGCGUUGUCGCGUCGGCGAGUAUACAGAUUUUAAUGCUUGACAAGUCGAGGAUCGCGAAGAAGAUCGACGCGGAGACGACGUUCCACGUCAUGUACCGUUUACUGUCGGGCGUCGAGGGCAAUUUACGCAAGGAGCUGUUUUUGGAGAGCAUCUCCGGCAACGAGCAGAAUCCCUUCAUCACGCUUCUUCAGAAGCAUGAGGAUAAGCAACGCGCCCAGGUCGAGUUCGUUAAAGUUUGCAAUGCGUUUCACGUGCUGGAGAUAAGCGAAUCGGAGCAGAAGACGAUCUGGUCGGUUUUGGCGGCGAUCUUCCAUCUCGGUUGCGCGGGCGCCACCAAAGGAAACGCGAACAAUCGUUACCAGUUCGUGAGUCCGCAAUCGGCACAACGAGCAGCCCAUCUCCUGGGUACAACGGUCGAGGAAUUGUCGAGGAUUAUUUUCGGCCUAGCCUCCGGAGGUUUGGGCACGCCUAACGCGCCGAGAGCGCCGUUUCGUACGCCGUCGCCGAUCGAUAAGGGUCUCGAUCGUGACGUGGUCGGGUUGGAGGCGCUCGAAGGGAUGAUCGUCGGAUUGUAUGCGGAAACUUUUAACUGUGUAGCUUCCUUGAUCAAUAGAGCGAUUUCCGCAUCAAUCCACACUGUCAACUCCAUCCUCUUAGUCGACACGCCCGGUUUUCAAAAUCCCGCCUCCUGCGGAAAGCAAAUGGGCGCCACCUUCGAAGACCUAUGCCACAACUACCUGCAGGAGCGUCUCCAACUGCUAUUCUACCACACCAACCUGGUGGCUCCGCGCGACCGCUACAACCAGGAGAACGUCGAACUGACCUGCGACGAGAACGAAAACGAAAGCAUCAUCAAUCCGCUACCUCUAGUUAAUCUACUGGAUAAGACCGCCCAGGCGACCGUCGUCCGCAGCUCGCAGGUCGACCUGCACGACUGCGAUCGACGCGGCUUGCUUUGGUUGCUCGACGAGGAGGCGAUCUAUCCCGGUUCGACGGACGACUCCUUCCUCGAGCGUCUCUUCACCCACUUCGGCGACCGCGACCACCAGCUCCUGCUGAGAAAAUCGCCCGGCAACAACCAGUUCAUCCUCCAGCACCUGCAGGGCACCAAUCCCGUGAUGUACUCCUGUAACGGAUGGCUAAAGUGUAGUAGAGAGAACCCCGUCUCGAGAUCCGCCGUGACCGUCCUGCAGGAGAGCUGCAAGGAGGACGUCAGUAAAUUGUUCGUGGGCGCGCGAGGCCUCGGCGCCUCGAGCUUUAGCGGCUCGAUCGUCGGAAUCGAGGGCUCCCAAUCGUUGCGAAGGGCCUCGAGCAUUCGCCGAACUUUCACGGCCGGACCGGCCGCCAUCAAACGAAAAUCCAUAUGUCUACAGACGAAAUUUACGAUCGACGGUCUCGUCGAAACGCUACGCCGAACGAAGCUGCGCUUCGUCGUCUGCCUCCUUCCGCAGCACAACGCGGGCCACUGCGAGACGAACGGCACCGUGAAAUCAUCGAACCAAGGCGAAGAUGUCAUUAACGUCCCACUGUUACGGUCUCAGAUACGAGGAGGUCAAAUUUUGGAAGCGGUCCGUCUUUACAAGCAGGGCUUUCCGCACUUUAUGCCGCUGAGCGAGUUUCGCCGACGAUUUCAGCUGCUCGGCGGCGAUUUACGACCGAAAAGUCCCGUCAUGGACGAGAGGAAGACGGUGGAAGACAUGCUGUUGAGCCUGGAUUUAGAGCUGUCGGGGUACAGAGUUGGAUUGAGCCAAAUAUUCUUCCGGAGCGGCGUCCUGACGCACUUGGAGUCGCAGCGAGAUGAGCGUCUCGCGGGUAUGAUAGUGAAUCUCCAGGCGCAAUGCAGAGGGUAUCUUUCGAGGAAGAAGUUGAGUCAGAGGAAGCUGCAGGACUUGGCCGUGAGAUGUAUACAGAGGAACGUUCGGAAGUUUAUUGCCGUCAGGGAUUGGCCGUGGUGGAGGUUGCUCGUCCGAGUGACUCCCUUACUCAACGUCCACCGGACUGAGGAGGAAUUGAAGAAUAAAUCGGAGGAGCUUGAGAUUUUACGUGCCAAGGUUGAGAAAUUGGAGGCGGAACGUACGAGCUUGAAGCACGAGAAUGACAAAUUGGAGGCUAAGUUGACCGAACUUACCGCAGACCUCGCGGAGGAGCACUCGACGUCGACGCUAGCGACCGAACGUCUCGACGCCGAAACCUCGGAGCGGAUGAGAAUCGAGCGCGAACUGAUCGAGGUGCAGACGAAAAACAAGCUACUCCAAGACACCUCGGAGCAGUUGGAAUUGGAGCUGCUGUACGCGAAAUCGGAUCUAAACGGUAUAUCGGAAGAGGACGAGGAGGGCGACGGUGACGGCGGAGUGUACAAGCAGCGAUACGAGAGAGUGCGCAAGGAGCUGGAGUUUACCAAGAAGCGAUUGCAACAGCAGCACGAGGACGAUUUAGAGCAGCUCGUCGCCUUGAAAAAACAACUGGAGAAAAAACUGACGGACGCGUACGAGGAGGUAGAAGAGCAAAGGCAAGUGGUAGGGCAAUGGAAACGAAAGGUGCAAAAGGUAAAUGGGGAGACGAACGACCUGCGACUGCUUUUGGAGGAGCAGAGUGCGCGAAACAACAUGCUCGAGAAGAAACAGAGGAAAUUCGACUCGGAAACGCAGUCGCUGCAAGACGAGCUGCGCCAAGAACGUACGGCCAAGGACCGUCUCGCGCGAGAAAAGGAGACGACUAUUGCGGAAAAGUUCACUUUGGAGGCCAACUUGGCGGAUGUAAGACUCGAACUGGACCUGAAGGAGGACAAACUGCAAGCCUUAAAGCGGGAGUUGGACGAGCUCACUUACGGAGGCAAGACCGAGGAGGAGGUCACUAUUUUGCGCAAGCAAAAGAUCGACUGCGAGCGACGCCUGCACGACCAAGAGGAGGAACUGGACGAGCUCGCCGGUCAGGUGCAGCUUCUGGAGCAGGCCAAGCUGCGGCUGGAGAUGACGCUCGAGUCGCAGAGGAAGGAGGGCAAACGGGAAGCCCAGCAGCGCGACGACGAGCUGGAGGAGGUGAGGUGUAACGCUCAAAAGAAAGUAAAAGCUCUGGAGGCUCAGCUGGAAAACGAACACGAGGAGCGCACGAUUUUGUUACGCGAAAAGCACGAGCUGGAAAGGCGAUUGACUGCUCUGGCCGAAGCCGAUCGCAACGAUCGUGCCGGUGACGAAGCGCUGCUGAACAAAUUGAAACGUGACCUGAAGAGGACGAAAGUGCUACUACGCGACACUCAAUCUCAACUUGAACGAUUAAAAUCCGACGGACCUGGCAAAGCGCUGGUACGCCAACUCCGAAACCAAAUCGAAGACUUGGAAUGUGCCCGUUCCAUUGCGCUCAAAUCGAAGCAGAGCCUCGAGACGGACCUCGCCGAAACGCAAACGAUGCUCGAGGACGCGAACCGACUGAAAAGCGAAGCCGAAGAGAAAUCGAACAGCGUGCUCCGCGAACGUUCCGACCUUCAAGCGCAACUGGAAGAGAACGAGGAGGAGCUCGCCGAGGUCAUGAAGAAAUACAAGGCGGCCGUCCAGCAGAUGUCUUUAGAUCAAAUGACGCUGCAAGAACAGGUGUCUCUCGUUUCCGAACUGGAGUCCGAACGCAAUCACCUGCGCGAUCAGCUGUCGGAGUUGGCCUCGAAGCUCGAGUCGGUCGAAACGAUGGGCGAGGCGUCGUCGAACUUACACGUGAAAAGAAUGGAAUUGAAAACAAAAGAGCUCGAGUCGAAAUUGGAACUGGAGCAGACGACCAGAUCAAGAUUGGAGGUGCAAAUCAAUCGUCUCAAAGAAGCGGUCGACAAAUUACAAACGGAAAUCGCCAACUCGCGAACGAAAGAGCAACUCGGACAGGAGCAGAUUCGCAAGUUGCAGAAAAACCUGAGGGAGCUCAAGGAGGAGUGCAACCAAAGCGCGUCGAAGGAAGCCGACUUUCUGCAAAAACGCAAGGAUUUGGAGAAACGUUGCGAACUGGCCGAAACGGAAACGGCGGCGGCGAAGGCAGAUCUGAGGCUGGCGCUGAAGCGUAUCGAAGACCUUCAGUCCGCCAUACAGGGUGAACUGGAAGAUUCGCCCUCUGAACAAACCGACAGUGAGCAGGACAGUUAUACGUCCGAUGAGUCCGUUAGCACGUUUUUAUCCAAUAGUAAAUUACAUCAUGCUGUGAAGUCGGAUAGAAAUUCCAUACAAAUAGACUCUAGAAGAUCGAGUACAAGCAGAUCGAGCACCUCUUCGAGCAUGCACGGCGGCAAGGACUAUUCGUACGCAUGAGUAGCGGCGAACAUCUGUAAAUCCAUAUCCAUGACAUUCUGCAAGAAGGAGGACGACGAGAACGAACAAAACGGGGGCACUGUUUGACAUUUUGCUAUGUUAUGCAUCUGGAUUUGCCGAUAAUGCCUAUACAUGGAGACAAUAUGUAAACCUACAAGAGAUGAUGAGAGCCAAUCAAAAACCACCAUUCAAAAUUUGACAAGACUGAGAAUUUAUGAUUUCGACGUAAUAUAUUUUUACAUAUCAUUUUGAGAUGAUGUCAUUUCAAUCUGACUUACUUAAGUAGGCGACUUACUAGACACGAGUCGGAGGCAGAAAGCGGUUAAUUUUGUUUUGUUGAAUGCGACGCUUAGAUUGUAAGCAGUUUUUAAAUGUAUAAGUGAUACGAGAAUGUUAGUGACAUAGAUAUAGCUAAAGUAAUAUAUUGUACCACCUUUUCCUUUGUAUAUAACCUCUCUUUGUAUAUUACUAUAUUUUUCAAAUUUCAUUUGUAGUAUAUUAUUGUAUUACUUAUUGUUACAAUAUGUAUAGUAUAAUAAUAGAUGUUGUGGAUACAUA